AUGGUACGCCAGCAAGUAGCAGUACUGCUGAACGAGCAGGCAAGGGGCGCGUCGCCCUUCGCGACAGCAGCGGGCACGACGGACAUAGCCGCGCCUGUCCUUGCAGAAAUCCGGGAGAUCAACUCCAAGUUAACGGAAGAGGGUGAAAUCAUAAAAUCACUGGUGGCCAGUGCAGCUACCAAUCUAGCAGAAACUGCUCGGGCAAGUCGGGAUGUACACUCCGGGCAGUGGACGGAGGUGGUAAAGCGGAGGCCCGCUCUACCCAAAAUAAGAGCCGAACAGGGCCCAGGCCGAGCUAGCGAAUUUUCCCAGAAACGUUUCACUACGAAGAAGAAGCCACCAGCGUUCCUGGUUCGAGCCAAGGAGGGCGAGUACACGGAGGUGCUUAAAAGAGUAAAAGAAAGCGAAUUGGUGAAGAAAAUUGCAGAUUCAAUUACAGCGCUAACGAAAACCAAGGAUGGCAACCUGCUCGUGCGCUUCACACCCGGCGAGGCAGGAACAGCUCCUAUGGCCAAGGCGUUAGGAGAAGCGGUAGGCGACCGCGAACGGGUGAAAGAAAUGGCACAAUUCUCAAAAAUCGUGGUACAAGACCUCGAUGAGCUAGCGUCCCCAGAAGAAGUAGUAGAAGCCAUCUGCAGCCUAGCGGAUACAAAUCUCGAGGAGGUUAAGGUUAAUUCAACCAUGGAGCAGCUAAGAGGACAAAAAUGGGUCAUCGUGUCAAUCCCAGCGACAACCGUAAACCGUGUACUAUCUGCGGGUAAACUAAGGGUAGGCUACGUCAACUGCCGUGUACGCAUCUGGGAAGACCGAGGCAGGGUUAGAUGUUUCCGCUGUCUCCGGCCUGGCCAUAUGGGUGGCCAGUGCAGUGGCCCCGACAGGAGUCAAAGUUGCAGGCGCUGCGGCGAUCGUGGCCACAGAGCUGUGAAAUGUGACGCUUCAAGCGCAGCGGCAAAGGAGUUCGCCGGGCUGUUAGAAGGCAACGGCGCCAGCCACGCCGCGGCUGUUGGACAGAGAGGAGAGCCAGUAGUCUCGCAAUGA